GAGAACGGCUGCAACCUUCAAAAUUCUAAUUUCUCUUGUCCAGACUCCACCUGCUAAUAACUCAUAAAAGUUUACUAAAAAAAACGUCAAUCUAAAUCUUCAAAAACAGAGAGGAUUGAUGAAAAGGACACUCUGAUGAAAGGUUUCUACCCUAAAUAUAUUCUUUUAAUAAAAAAUUUCAUGAUUUUUCAACGGAAUAAACAAGUAUUGAACGUGAGGUUGAAAUCAAAAUUUUUUUAAAUUUCCAACAUGUAACCAAAUACACUUGCUUUUCUCCUACUAGUUCAUAAAUCAAAACUAAAGGAGCUACAAGGUCAUAAAGUACAAGUUCAUAAAAUACAAGGUCAAAAAGUACAAGGUCAUCAAGUACCAUGGCCAUAAAGUACAAGUUCAUAAAUUUGACCUACUCCAUCUGUCUAGCUUACAGCGAGUUGCUGGGAUCUAUGAAUCUAAGAAAUAAUUGUGAAAAAAUUCCGUACAGUCGUCUAUGAAUUCUCAUUCUUCAUGAAUAACACUGCAGUUCUCCAUAUUGUUGAAUCUUAAAAUCUCGUCUUUUUCAAUUUACAUUUGAAUUUAGGUUAUUAGCAAUAAAUAGAAGUUUAAGAAAAUUGACUUUGACAAAAAUGUUUACGGAGCAGUUUUAACUAUACAGAAUUAAAUAAGAGUAUUACAAAAGUAACUACAAGUAUUAUAAAAUAUCUUAACGAUUAAAGCUGUUUGAAAAUUAUACUCAACUCUUUUUUCUUCUUUUUUUCAGUCAAAAAAUAUA